AUGGAGUGGCAGCCUCAGGAGGAGCCACUGGGGCAGCUGGCCUACUGCCUCAGGGAUUCAUUGAAUUCUUACAACAGUGCCGCCCAGAAGCAGGCCGAACAGAUGCUAGAACAAGCGACCUCAUCGCCAGACUAUGUCAACUAUAUCACCUACCUCUUCUGCACGCCGCAGAAACCGGCCGUCUUGAAUUUGCAGGCGGCCGAGUACGACAUGGUCCGUUUCGCCGCGGCGAUGAACCUCAAGAUGAAGAUCCACAUCGCAUACAAUACAAUUCCCCAGGAUUCCCUCGCCUAUAUCCGCUCAGCCACCCUCAUCGGCCUCCGGGAUAAUAACGCCCAGGUGCGGAACUCCGCCGGUAUCGUGAUAACGGAGUUGAUCUCAAAGGCGGGGCUAUUGGCGUGGCCCGAGGUGCUCCAUGAGCUGCUGAACCUGGUUGAAAACCCGUCCGGGGAUGCAGCUACAACAACUCGGGAAGCUGCAAUGUCGGCCUUGUUCAAGGUCUGUGAGGAUAACCGCCGGAUCCUCGAGCGGGACUACAACGGGCAGUGCCCCCUGGACGUGAUCAUCCCGAAGCUACUUUCGUUCAGCUCCAUCGAGAGCUCCCGAAUUCGGGAAUCGGCGCUGAAGGCUGUCCUUAUCUUCCUCCCUCACCGACCCAAGGCUCUUCUCGCGCAGAUGGAUGUGUUUCUGUCGCAGCUGUUCCAGCUGUCUAACGACUCUUCGCUGGAAGUCCAGCGUACGGUGUGCCAGGCUUUUGCACAGCUUGUGGACUUCGCCCCGGAGAAGCUCAUUCCUCAUAUGGAAGGGCUGGUCAACUAUAUUAUCAUUCAACAGCAGAGUCAGGUCGACCCGGAACUGAACCUCGAUGCUGCGGAGUUCUGGCUGGUUGCGGGUGAGCAGGAUGCCCUACAGCAGCCUUUGGCUCCGCAUAUGCCAAAGAUUGUGCCAGUGCUACUGCAGAGUAUGGUAUAUGAUGAGGAGGAAGCUAUCCGGCUAGCGGGCGAGGGCGAUGACGCUGACGUGGAAGACCGCGAAGAAGAUCUAAAACCACAGUUUGCUAAGUCCAAGGCUGGUCGCUUAGAUACUACCAAGAACGCCGGACAGCAGAACGGUGAUGCGCAGGCAGCACCACAGGCAGAGGAUGAUGACCUCAGUGAAGGUGAGAUUGAGGACUCCGAGUUCGGGGACGAUCCCGAGGAUGAGUGGACGCUACGCAAGUGCUCUGCUGCUGCGUUGGAUGUCUUCUCGAAUGUCUACCAUGAGCCAAUCUUCGAAGUCAUCCUACCUUAUCUGAAGGAGACCCUUCGUCACGAACAAUGGGUGCAGCGGGAGGCCGCUGUUCUGACUCUCGGUGCGGUAGCGGAUGGCUGUAUGGACGCAGUUACUCCCCACCUUCCUGAACUUGUUCCAUACCUGAUUUCCCUGCUCAAUGACUCGCAACCGGUGGUUCGACAGAUCACCUGCUGGUGUCUUGGCCGCUAUUCCGAGUGGGCUUCUCACGUUGGCGAGCCGUCCGAGCGAGCUCGCUUCUUCGAGCCCAUGAUGGAAGGUAUCCUCCACCGGAUGCUUGAUGGAAACAAGAAGGUCCAAGAGGCCGCCGCGUCUGCUUUUGCUAGCUUGGAAGAGAAGUCAGAUGCCAACUUGAUCCCAUACUGUGAACCCAUUCUCCGCCAGUUCGUGCUGUGCUUUGGCAAGUACAAGGACCGCAACAUGUACAUUCUCUACGACUGUGUGCAGACCCUGGCCGAGUGCGUCAUGGGCGAACUGGCGAAGCCUCAACUCGUCGAUAUCCUCAUGCCCGCCCUCAUCGACCGCUACAACAAGGUGUCUGACCAGUCCCGAGAACUUUUCCCGCUGCUAGAGUGUCUUGGAUAUGUGGCGGCCGCAUACGGCGACGCAUUUGCCCCGUUCGCACCGCCACUCUUCCAGCGAUGCAUUAAGAUUAUUUACGAGAAUCUGCAGGAGUACAUGAACUCCGUGAACAACCAUACCAUCGACGAACCGGACAAAGAUUUCUUGGUUACCAGCUUGGACCUGCUGAGCGCGAUCAUCCAGGCGAUCGAUCCAAACAAGAGCGGAGAGCUGGUCGCCAACUCGCAACCGCGGUUUUUCGAUCUGCUCUGCUUCUGUAUGCAAGAUCCGAACUACGAGGUGCGACAAUCGUCCUACGCUCUGCUCGGUGACUGUGCUAUCAACAUCUUCCCUCAGCUAGAUCAAUUCACCAAUGAGAUCGUGCCCAUCCUCAUCAAACAGCUAGACCUCGACCUGAUCCGCGAUGACGACCGGCACACCGGCUUUAGCGUAUUAAACAACGCUUGCUGGUCCUGUGGAGAGAUCGCCGUGAACGAAAAGGCCGGGCUCGCCCCGUACGCAGAGAAGCUAUACCACGGCCUCCUAUCCAUCAUCAAUAACGAGGAGAUCAUCGACUCGGUCAACGAAAACGCCGCCAUGGCGCUGGGCCGUCUAGGAAUCUGCUGCUCAGACCAGCUUGCGCCGCGAUUGGCAGAGUACGCCGGCACGUUCCUGAAGUCCAUGAACAAAAUCGAUUUCACGCGGGAAAAGGCGUCCGCUUUUCUGGGAUUCAACCAGGUCGUUAUGAAGAAUCCAGCAGCUAUGGAGUCAUCUCUUGGUGGAUACUUCCAGGCCAUUGCUGCUUUCCCGGGCAAGUCACUUCACCAGGAUGAAUUCCAGGAUAUCCAAAGUUCAUUUCAACAGGUCCUGCAAGGUUACAAAAAUAUGAUACCCGAUUUCGAUUCGUUCAUGACCCAGCUUCCGCCGCCUGUCGCGCAGAAGCUCCGCUCUGUAUAUCAGAUUUAG